AUGAAGAAACACUACAAACCAAUUCUCUUCCAACUGGAGAAUUGCAGAUCAAUGGUGGAGCUGAAUCAGCUCCAUGGUUUGAUGAUCAAAUCAUCAGUUAUCAAAAACGUCACCCCUCUAAGCCGUCUCAUAGAUUUCUGCACAACAUGUCCAGAGACUAUGAAUCUCAGCUACGCGAGAUCAGUUUUCGAAACUAUCGAUUUCCCAAGCGUGUAUAUAUGGAACUCAAUGAUCAGAGGCUACUCAAACAGUCCAAACCCAGAUAAAGCAUUGAUAUUUUACCAUGAAAUGCUUCGAGAAGGGUAUCCUCCGGAUUAUUUCACGUUUCCUUAUGUGCUCAAGGCUUGUUCAGGGUUAAGAAAUGUUCAGUUCGGGAGUUGUGUUCAUGGAUUUGUCGUGAAAACCGGGUUUGAAGUGAAUAUGUAUGUUUCUACUUGCUUGCUUCAUAUGUAUAUGUGUUGUGGAGAGGUGGAUUGUGGUUUGAGGGUUUUUGAUGAUAUUCCAAAGUUGAACGUUGUUGCUUGGGGAAGUCUGAUUUCUGGGUUUGUGAAUAACAAUCGGUUUAACGAUGCGAUUCAAGCGUUUAGGGAGAUGCAGAGUAAUGGUGUGAAGCCAAAUGAGACGAUAAUGGUGGAUCUUCUGGUUGCUUGUGGCAGAUGUAAAGACAUUGCGGCUGGUAAAUGGUUUCAUGGGCUUCUUCAAGAAUUAGGCUUUGAUCCGUAUUUUCAGUCAAAAGCUGAUUUUAAUGUGAUAUUGGCUACAAGUCUCAUUGAUAUGUAUGGAAAAUGUGGAGAUCUGAGAACCGCAAGGUAUCUGUUCGAUGAAAUGCCUAAGAGAAACAUGAUUUCUUGGAAUUCCAUCAUCACAGGGUAUAGUCAGAACGGCGAUGCAGAGGAAGCAAUGCAUAUGUUUUUAGACAUGCUUGUUUUGGGUAUCCCUCCUGAUAAAGUAACGUUUUUGAGUAUCAUCAGAGCUUCCAUGAUUCAAGGAUGUUCACAAUUGGGACAAUCGAUUUAUGCUUAUGUAUCCAAAACAGGGUUUUUGAAGGAUGCUGCCAUAGUUUGUGCACUUGUGAAUAUGCAUGCUAAAACCGGUGAUGCAGAGGGCGCGAAAAAAGCGUUUGAAGAUCUGGAGAAGAAAGAUACAAUAGCUUGGACCACUGUGAUCAUCGGGUUAGCCACUCACGGGCACGGGAAUGAAGCAUUGAGUAUAUUCAAGAGAAUGCAAAAGGAAGGUAAUGCUACACCUGAUGGAAUCACAUUUAUAGGGGUAUUAUAUGCGUGCAGCCAAGUAGGUUUGGUCGAGGAAGGACAAAGAUACUUUGCGGAAAUGAGAGAUCUUUACGGCAUAGAGCCAACAGUUGAACACUAUGGAUGUAUGGUUGAUAUCUUGAGCCGUGCUGGUUGUUUUGAAGAAGCAGAGAGAUUGGUAAAGAAUAUGCCGGUACAACCCAAUGCUAAUAUAUGGAGUGCAUUGUUAAACGGAUGUGAGAUUCAUGAGAAUUUAGACCUGGCUGAUCGGAUAAGAUGUGUGGUAAGUGAAUCAGAAGGACUCGGUAGCGGAAUCUACGUUCUUCUAUCUAAUAUCUAUGCCAAAGCUGGGAGGUGGAUGGAUGUGAAGCUGGUUAGAGAAUCCAUGAACAGCAAAAGAAUAGCUAAAGUUUUAGGUCAUAGUUCUGUUGAAACAACGUCCUAAACUUUCAGCCUUUCAGG